CCCCCCUUCCUUUACGUCAUCCGCUGCGCAGUGAACGCGGCUGCACUUCCGCUGACACGAUGUGAAUAUGGCGGCAAAGAGAAGCACGGACGGUGUGAGGACCGAGGUGGAGAGCAUCGUCAACCGCUGGAUAGUCGACUACUACCUGUCCCUGGCUCUGCAGGCGUUUGACCAGGAGCAGCUCAGAGACUUCUGCAGCAUCAAACAUGUCCUCGACAGUGUCUUGGUUCGGUCUCUGGAAUCCACUGAUUCAUUGCCAACAAAGAUCCGUGUGUUGCAGUUUCUCUCCCGGAUAAAUGAGGGUGAAAGACUCGAUGUGUCAUCUGAGUCUAUAACUCCUCUGGAAUCAGCCUUAAUGUUGCUUCAAGGCAUGAGCCAGGACUGCAGCAUCCCACAGCAGGAGUUUGAGAAUGUGUGCAAUUCAGUUAAAGAGAUGAUCGUGGUGAUUCUCAUCAAGGCCGAUAAAUUUGACAAAGCAAAAGAGAUGCUGACCAAGCACUUUCCCAAUCCAAUGGUUGGCAAGAAAGCAAUAUUCAUGGGUCUCAUCAAUCAGAGGAGUAAAACACAUGAAGUCAUCCAGCGAAUCGACUUCCGGCAGUUCAAGAAAGAGAUGUUAGCCUUCUGCCAGAGGCUCUGCCCGUGCACCGUUCCUUUUCUGCACAAGGCAGCGAAACAGCUGAUUGAUACAAGACUUGCAGAGCAGGAAGACAAUGCAGCUAGACCUGAUGAGCAAGAGGAACCUGGCCCGUCAUCUACUGCACAAAUAAACGGCGUCCUGUUUGUGUCAUGUCACCAUAAUAUUAUCCAGAGGACCAGACUGGAGGCAGCUUACAAGAUGCUGGCUCCACGAUCAGAUAAGAGGACAUUCGCUCAGCUGGAGGAAGAGGUUGAGAGGGAGGAGCAGGAAAGAACAGACAACCUUCUUCUGCGCCUGUCACCCAGUUUCAAGGAGGGUACCAGUCUGGACUCGGAGCAGGACGGAGUGUUUCAGAGAGGCUCGGGCAGCCCGAUGGAGGCUUCAGUAGCAGACCACCCCCCACAAACGGAUGCUGUUCCUCAGACACAGGCAGGUUCACUCACAAAGUCAACCUCACCACCACUGAGGAACAGGCGGCUUUACACUGUGGCACGACUGGUUGUCGAGCCGGACAGCCAAUCGAGCUCACAGUGCACGGUGACUUCGCAGGAGCUAGAUGCUGAAGUCCUUGAAGUGGAGUCACCACAGUCCUCGACUAUAGCCAAUAAGAACGCCUCGCAGAGCCCACUGACAGACAACGAGGUCACCAGACCCUCCAGGAAGAAGCGCAUACGUCAUCGCAGCAGAGCCUCGACGAGUUUUGCAGUGUUGUCAACAGACAGCGAGGAGGACCUCCCUGCCUCUGAGGCCAACAAAGAAAGUUUUGUGGUGGAAACCCAGAACCAGUCCAACAGUUCACUCAGGAGCAACUCCCCCAAGUCACAAGGUGGAGUCGAAUCAUUAGAUGGGGAUAAAGACCCACACGGUGAUGAAGACCAACAUGAGACUUCUGCCUACUUCAGAACCCCAGAGCAAACUGAACAGUCCAGAGUUUCUCUCACCGGCAAUCGACAAGAUGCCGUGGAAUACAACAUAGAGUCUUCGGACAGCUCGCCCAGUGUGGUGUUCCCUCGUCCCCCCCUCCCUCAGACCAGCUCCACUCCGCACAAGGACUCCGCUAAAGAUAAAGACCCUUCCCAUUCAAAAUGGAAACAACUGUACAGUAAUGCAAAGGAGACUAAGGAAACGUGGAGCGAUGAAGAAACUAAUUUCCCCUCCAGAAAUAACAGGUUGCACGAGAGCACCAUUUCAAAUUCGGGCCACAGGAAGAAGAAAUGGACUGAAAGGGAGACAGAGAUGUUGAAAGAAGGGGUCGCAAAAUUUGGAGAGGGGAACUGGACAAGGAUAAAGACAAAUUACCCCUUCAAUGGUCGAACAAACGUCAACCUCAAGGACAGAUGGAGAACACUGAAGAAGUUAAACCAGAUCUAAAGUUCUAGAUGACUUAAUCCCACGAAGUGGAUUGUUAUUGUUCAACAUACUCAUGACUUAUUUCUUUUUCCCAGCAUCAUGCCAGAUGUUUGUACAGUUCCAGUCAAAUGAGUUGAAUAAACUUUGAUUUCAAUUUGUAA